CUCGGGUUUGGGAGCGCGGGAAAAUAUUACGUCACUGAUAAUUCGUCGAAAAAACAUGGUCUGACAGGAGAAUCAAACAAAGAGGAUUCACUCUCUUUCGACUGAACGGUAGGCGGUUACUUCCAAUGAGCGAUGAUGAAUUCCGAUGAGAGGAUCGUCGUCCUGGUCGAUAUGGACUGUUUUUUCUGCCAAGUCGAAGUUAAACUUCAACCCGACCUAAGGGGGAAACCUUUGGCUGUGGUGCAGUACAACGUUUGGGGUUCUGGAGGCAUUAUAGCCGUCAACUAUGAGGCACGUGACCAUGGAGUCAGCAGACACAUGCGGCCUGAUGAAGCCAAGAAAAAAUGCCCCGAGUUGCUCCUGGCUACUGUUCCUGGAGUCAGAGGCAAGGCGGAUACAUCCAGGUACAGAAUUGCCGGGCGGGAAGUUGUCGAAGUAUUGAGAAAGCAUAGUAAAGUGGUAGAACGUGCGAGCGUUGACGAAGCUUACUUGGAUAUCACAGAACUUGUUAAUCAGGAAAUGCUUUCAAGCCAGAUGUCUGCGGCGAAGAUGGUGGAAUGUCUUCCGAACACAUUUGUCAUCGGAUAUUCAAUUGUUGGAAAUAAUGACGAAGCCCACAGACGUGAAGGGAUCGAAAAGUGGGCAAAUGCGGCAUACGGGGAAUUGGGGGAUAUUCAGUCUCAAAAGCUAGCUGUAGCUGGUACUAUAAUCGAGCGAAUAAGAGCUGAUAUAUAUGAGACCACAGGGUACAGGUGCUCUGCAGGCAUAUCUUAUAACAAGAUUUUGGCCAAACUUGCGUGUGGCUUGCAUAAACCUAAUCGGCAAACCAUCUUACCCUUAGCCGGUGUUCCGUCCCUUUUUCAAACGCUACCUGUAAAAAAAGUGCGAAACCUUGGUGGGAAAUUUGGCGAUGUUGUCAUUGAGUCUCUUGGCUGUAAUGUAAUGGCAGAUUUACUGUCCUACUCAUUGAAGGAUCUGCAAACACGAUUUGAUGAUAAAACCGGAUUAUGGCUUUACAACAUUGCUCGUGGAAUGGAUAACGAACCGGUUACCAGCAGACUUAUAUCAAAAUCUAUAGGCAGCUGUAAAAACUUUCCAGGGAAACGAGCAAUUGUGGCAAAGGAAACGCUGGAUCAUUGGGUGACUCAGUUGUCUUUGGAAAUGGCUGAACGAUUGGAUCAAGAUGCUGAAGAGAAUAAUCGUAAGGCAACAUUACUCACAGUUAGUUAUCACUAUUACAAGGACAAUAAAACUAUAAGUCAAUCUCGCUCUUGUCGAUUGUCUUCGUACAAAGCUGAGACAAUAUCGAAGGGUUGUUUAGAUAUUAUAAUUAAAUUUGCAAAGUAUCCAAUAGUAUUUAUUGGUAUGUCGGCAAGCAAAUUUAUUGAUAUUGACAAAGAGAUAUCCACUUUUCGAAGCUUCUUUACGGCGAAUACUAACGCGACCAUUGCAACUGACGAAGUAUUAGCAAGCCCCACAACUUCGACAUUAGACAAAUGCAAUUCUCCUUCGAAAUCUGAGCCCUUGGAAAUCGAAUCUGAAGGAGAAUCAAACGUAGUUGUAGACAAUGUUUCUAAAUUUUUUGAUUCCGGGGAUGUAAGAACACAGUCUCCAGUCAGAAAGGACGGCAUAAAUACUGCAUCUACUAGUGUUGUGAAACCAGAGAGCAAUCAAGCUAUCAAAUCACCAAUGUCGUUUCUGAGGAGCCAGAAUACAAAACUGAAACCUGACAACUUUAAAAAAUCGUUUUUCAUGAAUAUUCUUAAUGCAAAUAAAAACGGGCCACAAGACGCGGCUCUGCCAGGUAAUCAAGCUGAUGCUCCUGAGGGUCAAGUAAAAUUUAGUGUUGAAAAUGGGACAGUCGUAAAAAUUCAGAAAUUACCGUGUACAAACGCUGAUCAAAAUGUGCCUACUCAUCAACCUAAUUUGAAUAAUGAACCAGUGAGUGUAAAGUUGCUAAUGCAAAAUCAAGACUUGAAAGGUAUCAACAGUGACGAAACUGCGCAUCCAAAGCAUCUUGCCGUACUUAACUUGAAAAAUAAUGACCCAGAAUCUGGAAAUACCAUUGUUCUUCCUGUGAAUUCAAAUGAUGCAAAAGAGACUCCGGAAAAAAUUGAUGACAAUACAAUAAAACUACAGGAUAUAUUCCCAGAUUUGGAUAAUCUUGACGAAAGCAUCGUGGCGGUUUUACCAUCAAGACUACGAAAUGAAGCGAAUUUAAUAUUACAAAGUCGAAAGAAAAAGGACUCUGAAAGUAAAGUAAAUACAGUGAAAUCUGUACAGCAGAAAGUUAAUGAUCACAAGCGCUCUCGUGCAAAAUCUGCUGUCCAACCGAAGAUCAACAAAAUAGACACCUUUUUCAACAAUGAAACGAAAUUGGCUGAUAGUUCUGGCGGUGAGGAGUUGGUGGAAAAAUGUCCAGAAUGCGAUAAAUUAAUUCCACUGCGCGAGUACUUGGAGCACUCCGAUUUUCACGUUGCGCGAAACUUGUCCAAAGAAUUAAAUAAGUCUGUUGCUCGGCCCACGGUAGCUACUCCAGAAAAUGAUAAGUUGAAUGGCAAACCAUCUGUGAAGAGAAAACGUAACAAACCCGAAACGCGAGAGUCAGAAAAGCGGUCUAAAAGUAUAGCCGCGUUUUUUACGUGAGAAAUACUCGCCAGAAUUGGAUGUAAAUAUGUGUAGUUUUAAAAUAUUUUUAAUACCAAAUGAAUAAUUUGUAUGGUGCCAUGUAGCGGGAGAAAAGAAUCGGAAACCUCUUGUAGGAAUGCAAAGUUAUACAUAUAUUACGUUAAUCGCGAUAUACAUUACAGAGCUGCUUUAUAAGGUAAUUGAAAUAAAUAACAAUUAUGUUAAUAAAUACAUUCUUAUCCUAAAUGCUCUUGGAUCAGAUCUUUACUGCAAACAGAGGUUCAAUCCACUUUUACUUAGAGUCAAACUCUGGUGUCCAAAUAUGCCUCAAAAUAAGUGCAGAGUGGACCUCAAAUUUCAGAGCAAAGUACCGAUUAACUGAUAUUUCUUAACUUGGGUUGACCACAAAAUACUUUUUAACACUUUUGCCGAAGGAAUGAUCAACGAUAUUUUUUAAUGAUUCCAUGUGAAUAUUUUGGUUCAGGUUAAAUGGGAAAUAAAAUAUCGUGUGAUGAAAUACAGAGAUGAAGGUAAUGCAUUAACA